UCUAUCUUAUUUUGUUGUUAAUAUGUUAUGCAUGAGCCAUGAUUCACUAUUAAGGCUUAUUCUAUCUCUCAUACCAAACGCUUGGGUAGAACACCAAUUAUAUCACCUCCAUCUUCAUCUCGUUCCUUUCUCCAAAUCUUCCCCAGAAUAAUUCAAAAUGCAUGAAUAUCACAGAAGAUAUUCCAUACUCUUUCUCUCUCCUCCCAAAUCCCACCACUUAGCUCUCACAAUCACAUUGCAUGAUCGACAAUUUGUGAGGUUUUCGGCAAUUGAUGUGAAAUCAUGGAUAAAAUCGGCAUUGAAUCUCCGAGAUAAAUUUGUUGAAAUUGGAGGUAAAUUAGGGAAGAUCCUGACAUAUAUUAAUCUGUUCAUGUACACGUCUCUUAUAAACUUUAUCUCUUUCAAAAAUUUAUUUCCUGUUAAAAGGGAUUUAUUUCCUAAUAUAAGUUAAAAGAAUUUAUAUCCUAAUUUACAAUAUUUUUUUUUAAUAAAUAGUCAGAGUUGGGAAGUUUGAGACAUUGGAAACUCAGAAGUGAAAACAACACCGAUAACUUUGAGAGUUUGGUUUCUUACUUUGUCUUCCUUAUUAAUUAAUUAAUCAAACAAACAAAAACCAAAUUAAAUUUGUUCAGAGUCAUGCCAUCUAAUCUGAUCAGUAAUCGUAUUCAUGAGGAGGCAAUCUUCAAUCCCAGGAAAAAAGUGAAGAUGGAAGUUAACUGGGCAGACCUGCCGACUGAUUUGUUGGUUCGUAUAGUUGAUAAACACAUAGUAUCAUUCGUAGACGGUCUAGCCUUUUCCGGUGUGUGUCGUUCGUGGCGCAAAGCUUGUGAUACAGUCAAUUUGAAGCGGAAGUGGGAUUGUCAAAUGCCGUGGCUUAUGUUAACUGAUGGCAACCAGGAUAUCAACGAGGAUGAAUGGAUACAGUAUCUGGAACCUGAUCGUUUAGAGAAUGUGAUUGAAGCAGAGAGUGUUGAAGACAAGUUUGAUGAUAUUAAUACUACUCGAGGCUUGUUGGAUUUAACGCAUGAGAAAGUUAGGUGUUACAAUGUCAAGUGUGAUCUAUGAAUUGUUGGGGAUCAUCUCAUGGUUGGAUACUAACUCAUGGGAUUGAUGAUAACAUGUACUUAUUUAACCCUCUUACCAAGGAUCGCCUCGAUCUCCCUUGUCGCCGUACAAUCCCCUUCCUUCGGGAUAAUUCUGGUGAAUUCCUUGGUGCAUAUUUCAUAAACAGGGCUGUUGUACUUAAGGUAUCAGGUGAUACUUUAGUGGUGGUACUUAUAUAUGAUGCCUAUCUUAGAGCUGCAAUUGCCAAGCCCGGGGACACACAGUGGACACCAAUUAUAUCUGAGAAAAGGGCUAUUUACCGGAGGGUUAUGGAUGUAUUAUACCGUAGGGAUAAUCUUGGUACCGAUGGACUUGUAUUUGUGAAUGAGUGUGGCAAUAUUGCACUGGUAAACCUUGAUGAUGUUCAGAAUAAGAAACCUCUGGCAUUAAGUUGGUACAGAUGUUACGUACCGUAUAUACGAUUUGUAUUUCAAAAUACAGAUUCAGAACUUAAUUUUUCCGAUCACACUACCUACAUAGUUAAUUACAAGACAGUUGGUUUUAAGGUUUACAAGUUUCACUUUGAUGACAAGAGUUGGGAAGAGUUGAAAGAUUUGCAAGAUGUUGCUCUCUUUGUGGGUAACAAUGCAACUAUGUCUGUUCGCGCAACUGAGAUGGGAUGCCAACGCAAUUGCGUAUACUUUGCAGAUAAUUACUCAUCCGGUUCUAAAGCCACCAAAGAUAAACUAACGGGACAUGACAUUGGUGUUUUUCAAAUGGGUGAAAAUAUCAUCCGGCCAUUAAAGCUGGAGAAUAACACCCACUUACGCUCUUCCUAUUGUUGUCCCAUGUGGUUUCGUCCUGCAAUUUAAAUCUAAACUUGUUUUUUUUCAUGUACAAUCAUUAAUUUAGAUUUGCUUACAUUUUCUGUGUUUUAUUGUUCUAAUUAUUUGCUGGAUUUUGUUUGGACGGUAUCAAUGUUCUUGAGUGUAAAUAUUAAUUCUGACCUUAGUAUUGUUGAA